AUGCUGACUCCGUGCACGUACGCCCCGGAACCGCCGUCGGCCGGAGUCGAGGUACCCGGCGCCGGCGCUGGUGUCGGAGUCUUGCUGGGACUAGGAGAUGGAGACGACGACGGGGACGUCGAUGGAGCCGGCGCCCCUGUUGGAGUCGACGACGGGGUCGGGGAAGGAGUGGAAACGGGAGGUGGGGUCGCCGGCGUUACGGCGGGGGGCGUGGCUGGCGGCGGGGUGGCGACGGGAGGAGGCGUGGCUGGUGGCGGCGUGGAGACCGGAGGAGGGGUGGCUGGCGGCGGCGUGGCGACCGGAGGAGGCGAGGAGGCGGGAGGUGGGGAUGACGCGGUCGGAGGGGUGGCGGUGGUGGACGGGGGCAUCGCGGUGGGGGAGGAGGCCGGGGAUUGGGCGAUGCAGGUGGCGAGGAGGGCGAAGGAGAUGACUAGAGCCAGAGCUGGCGCAUGGGAUGCCAUUGCUCGCCUGCCUUCUCUUGAACUUCCUCUCUGUGUGGUGAAGAGCUGUGGCGAGGAAGCUUUUGUGCUUGGGUUGAUGAGACUGAAGAGUGGGGAAUUUCGGAGGUAA